AUUAAGAACACUUUUUUUAUUAUUUUAUUAUUGUAGGUGAAUUGCUAGAAAUCGAGUACCUUUACAGCCAGACUGGCAAAACACUGACUCCAGUGCUCCAGAACCCAGAGGAGGAAGACCGGCUGGUGGAGGAGGUUGAUGAUCAGGACCUGCUAGAUGAGGGGUUUGAGGAAGAGAGCAUGGAGGACAUCACAGUUCCAGUGCUGUAUGAGGAUGACCCCUGCCGUGAUCUCAGAAACAGCCCCUCAUCUUUGCCUCUGCCUCAGUCCCCAGCAUCACUGGCUGAGCCGUCCACAUCAUCUGGAGGAGAGGGACAGCAUCUCGCCCCUGCCUCUUCAGUGCUGUCACAGACAUCUGACACUGGAAGCAGUGUCUCCGGCGAGGCUCAGGGAGCAGUCAUUGGACCUGAUGGCAUCGCUGGGUGGGACAAGGUCCAGGAUCUGGCUGGUUUCCUGGUGGGUCUUCGUGAGGCUCCUUACCUCACCGACCUGCAGGUUACAGAGGCCAUCCAGCUGUGGACCGCUCUCCCUGAUGUUGAUAAACAGCGGGUCAACUAUCAGCCUCGACAUCAGCCUCAGCUGACACAUGGGCGCUUUAAGGCACCGAAGCGGUCCGGAGUCACACCGGGUGUGGAGAGUGUGAAACGGUGUCUAAUUGGACAUCCUGGGGGUCCAGCACAGUGGCCCAGCACCAGCCGCUUGGUUGAGGCCAUUUGUAUGAAGCUGUGUGCUUUACACAAGUCACCGACCAAGAAGGCUGGAGUUUCCACCCCCAGGUGGUCUAAAAUCCUUUCGGAUUACCACCACAUCCGAGAGCUGGUGCUUAACAAUCAAAGGCUGAUGGAUGAAACAAUGAUACAACUUGCCUGCUCCAGUGCCUGCUGCUCCUGUGUCCCGUUACACCCAGAGGAACAGGCGCCGGCGGGCCCUGGAGACGGAAAGCGGAGUCCAUAA